GGGUGGGAAAAUGCGUAUUUUGUUCUUAUGCAGAUUUUUGAAUAUUCGUAUGAAAAUCUGUUCCCAAUUGGAUGAAAACCUAGCUAGGUACCUCAGUCAUCAGUGACUUUUUGGAACGUCGGAUGUUUUUAUGGAAACGAUUGACAUGCGGGCGGGGCUUACUUGUGCCUUUCCCAUGAACUGGUGACUUCGUACAAAUUGUUUGUUGUCGAUCAAGAUGGAGUUCCUGUUGGGAAAUCCAUACAGCACUCCUGUGGGACAUUGCAUUGAGAGAGCCACUGAUGGCUCCCUUCAGAGUGAGGACUGGACCCUCAAUAUGGAAAUAUGUGACAUCAUAAAUGAAACUGAGGAUGGGCCCAAGGAUGCCAUCAGGGCCAUGAAGAAGAGGCUGAACGGGAACAAGAACUACAGGGAGGUGAUGCUGGCACUGACCGUCCUGGAGACAUGUGUGAAGAACUGUGGGCAUCGUUUUCAUGCCCUCAUCACCAGCAGGGACUUCAUAGACGGCGUGCUUGUGAAAAUCAUCUCUCCCAAAAACAACCCUCCCACUAUCGUACAAGACAAAGUGCUCUCACUGAUCCAGGCGUGGGCUGAUGCGUUCAGGAGUAGUCCAGACCUGACAGGUGUGGUCCAGAUCUAUGAGGAGCUGAAGAGAAAGGGUAUAGAUUUCCCAAUGUCAGACCUGGAUGUCCUGUCUCCCAUCCACACACCUCAGCGGCUGUUGACUGGCCCAGAGGAGAACCAAGCCACCGCCCCUCCCCUGGCCCAGCCUAUCCCCCAACCCCAACAGCAGCCUCCUCCCCAUGCUGUCUCCGCCCCAUCGUUUGCAUCGUCUGUUCCUCCCACCUACUCCGCCCCGCAGGUCCCCAACCUUGGCGCCUCUGGGUCUAUCAACCCUUCACCUGAACAGAUCUGCCGGCUGCGAAGGGAGCUGGACAUUGUGCGUGGCAACACAAAGGUGAUGUCAGAGAUGCUGACAGAGAUGGUUCCUGGACAGGAGGACCCCUCGGACCACAAUCUCCUGCAGGAGCUGAACCGGACGUGCCGGGCCAUGCAGCAGAGGAUAGUGGAGCUCAUCUCCUGUGUGUCUGACGAGGAGGUCACAGAGGAACUACUGCACGUCAACGACGACCUCAACAACAUCUUCUUACGCUACGACAGGUACGAGAGGUACCGGUCAGGCAGAGCAUCUCAGGGUAUCAAUAAUGGGGUCCUCAGUGAGGCUACAGAGGACAACCUUAUAGACCUGGGCCCUGGAUCUCCUGCUGUCGUCAGCAACAUGGUCACUUCCACCGCCACGCCUCCGUCCUUCACUGCCCCCGCCGAACGUCCUUCCUCACCUGCCUCCCUCGCUUCUCGGCUGGCCGUCCUCGACGUGGGUGCCAGUGUGACCAGCACUCUGAGCUCUCUGCCCAGCUGUAAGCCUCAGGACGACUUUGACAUGUUUGCCCAGACCAGGACCGGAACUCUGCCACUGACCACCGAGACACUCGUCACAGCUCCUAUAGAGGACCUUAAUGCUGUAGGUGGGAUUGAGCUGCCUCCUACUCUGGAAGUCAGGCAGCAGCCUGCAGGAGGAAUUCCCAUUGUCCAAUCCUCUGUCAUGGAUGACAUAGAGGAGUGGCUGUGUACUGACGUGCAAGGAGAGGAGGGCGAAGAGGGGGUGACCAGUGAAGAGUUUGACAAGUUUCUGGAGGAGCGGGCAAAGGCAGCAGAGACGGUGCCCAGCCUCCCCUCACCCCCUAGUGGUGAUCCCCGUGCAACUACCGGUGCACCCCAAAAGAAGGCUGAAAGACCAGAGGAUGCCCUGUUCACUUAGUUUAGUGGUUUUCAAACCUCUCCUCGGGGACCCCCAGACAUUUCACAAUGUUGUAGCCCUGAACUAGCCCACUGAUUCACCUAGUCAAGGGCUUGAUGAUUAGUUAAGAUGUUGAAUCAGGUGUGCUAGUCAUGGAAUAGUCUAAACGCAUGGAACGCCUGGGGUUCCCUGAGGAGAGGUUUGAAACCCCUCGCUUAGUAGACCUCUCUUAACCUUUUGACUUCUGACCUGAUCAGUGCCUGGAGUCCCCAGACUGUUGUCUGUGACACAUCCACUUUCUCAUCCUCCCACUCUGGAGCUGUCUACCAUCAGCUAAACGUCUGCUACCCAGUAACACAUAUUCAUGUUCUCUGGCAAUUUAUUACACUGCGAAGGGAACCCCCACGUGUUGUACAUUUUUUUGUUGUGUUUUUUUUGUGUUUUUUUUGUUGUUGAAAGAAACCAGCUUCAUUAGGGACAAGGUUGCAAUGUAUUCCCAUAAUCAACAGUCCCUAUCUAACAGUUGGUUUGGAACUUUCUCCAGCUUAAGAAGGACUGUGGAGUAUCAACAGCCAUCUUUAUAAACCAGCAGCUCACUCUGUCCCGGGGCUGUUCUUCCUCUGAAGGGUAAUAUGAGACGUACCCUGCCUACAGCACUACACAUAUUUUGCUCUGUUCUGACAGCAAGAAGCCAUCCCUAGCCAGUCGUCCCCUACUCUACUGCAUGUAUUAACAGAUCCAUCCACCCUUCAAUCCCUCCUCGGACUUAAAGGGACGUCCAAAGGGAGCUAAAUGAAGUCCAGGGACAGUUAAUGUUAACCUUUUUUAUAGGUCAGACGAGGGCAGGUAGUAUUGAAAUAUAUCAUGAUAUGUAUGAUUGGGGAAUAUUCUGGAUCAUUGUAUUGUUUUUACGAUGUGUUUAAUUCCAAGUAUAUUAUAUUGUCCAUUAUAGCCUCUGGCUGGAUGUCUUACUUUGUUUUUGAGUGUGUAGAAUUCUAGAAUAUUAGUUUGGAGAGAUUUAUUUUUGGGUUAUUCAUUGUCAUUUGAUGUUUUUUAGAGUAAGACAACAAUCAUUAAAUCAUUAAAUGCACUGCUAUGGUUGUUUAUUGAGGUGUAAAACAUUUUAUUUUAACGAACAAAUAAGUAGUAUCUACCUGACAAUGAUUUUCUGUUCAUCCAUAUAUUGGGACAGGUACAAUGCUGUUGGGAAGCCAAAGACCAGAUAUUGUUGUGGAGCCCAAGCAUGAUUGUAUCACAUUCAUAGUGAAUAGAGUAGCUGAUAAUGCUGUAAGAGUCAGUCAGAAGUGAUAAUGUAUUAGUCAGUCUUAUGAGAACAAUAACUUUAAAACCUAAAGUCUGUAAUGUGGUUUUCACUACAGAUAUGGAGCAGACUGAAUAUUCUAUGUCUGGUGUUGAAUAAGAACUGAAUUAAUGGACUGAAGUUUUGUCUAGUUGAUGUAAAAAAUAAAAUAAACCUAUUUAAGAGA